GAGCAAAACAGAGGUUCAUUCAGCACUGGAGCUUACGCUGGAAGUCAAGAAGCUGGAUUUAUACUUUUGAUAGUGGAUUGCUGUACAUAAUAUUAAUAUCACAGGACAAUCACGCUCAGAUCAGCAAGAGAAUCACCAAGCAUACAAAAUGGCUGAUCCUUCACAACACCACCUCAAGCAUGGUGUCUCAGUGGAUAUUGAAGACUCUCAAGCUGAUGACUCUGCUCAUAAUGAUACAUUUCCACUGUCCUCCCUGGCAAACUUGUUUGAGAAUGAGGAGGGGACACCACCCACUGAAGUUACCCGACCUCCUACAGUCCAUGGAGACACUAAGCAAAACCUUAGAAUAAGGUUUCAAGGGGCUUUUAAGAAAGGGAUGCCCAACCCCAUGGAUCUUUUAGAGUCUACUAUUUACGAGUCUCAAGUUGUUCCAGGACCAAAGAAAGCCCCUAUGGAUUCUUUGUUUGACUAUGGGACAUACCACCAUCAUCCAACAGAGAACAGACGAAGACGUAAGAAGAUACUUGUAGAGAAGGAGAAUCAGAAUUCCCAAAAAUCAAGCCCUGACCCUCCACCCGUAAUCAAGAUGUUUAAUAGACACAUUCUCUUUGACAUUGUGUCAAGAGGGUCUACAACAGAGCUGGAGGGAUUUUUACCCUUUUUGUUAGCUCAGAAGAAACGACUGACAGAUGAGGAAUUUCGAGAACCAUCAACAGGAAAAACGUGUUUGCCAAAAGCGCUCCUGAACCUGAUGGGGGGUAAGAAUGACACUAUCCCAGCGCUAAUGGAUAUUGCAGAGAAGACUGGAAACCUCCGGGAAUUCAUCAAUUCUCCCUUCCGGGAUGUUUAUUACAGAGGCCAAACUGCUCUUCACAUAGCCAUCGAGAGGCGCUGCAAACAUUAUGUGGAGCUGCUAGUGGAGAAGGGGGCUGAUGUCCAUGCUCAGGCCAGGGGGCGCUUUUUCCAGCCCAAGGAUGAGGGAGGUUACUUUUACUUCGGUGAACUACCACUCUCUCUGGCAGCCUGCACCAACCAGCCUGACAUGGUGCACUACCUGACAGAAAAUGCUCAUAAGAAGGCCGACUUGCGACGCCAGGAUUCUAGGGGCAACACAGUAUUACAUGCCCUGGUUGCUAUUGCUGACAACACACGGGAGAACACCAAGUUUGUUACUAAGAUGUAUGACCUCUUAGUCAUUAAGUGUGCCAAGCUGUACCCUGAGACAAGUUUAGAAGCUUUCCUCAAUAAUGAUGGCAUGUCACCUCUUAUGAUGGCAGCAAAAAUAGGCAAAAUAGGGAUCUUUCAACAUAUAAUCCGACUUGAAAUAAAGGAUGAAGAUGCCCGUCACCUAUCUCGAAAGUUCCGAGAUUGGGCAUAUGGUCCUGUCUACUCAUCUCUGUAUGACUUGUCUUCAUUAGAUACAUGUGGUGAGGAGGUAUCUGUGCUGGAGAUCUUGGUUUACAACAGUAAAGUUGAGAACCGGCAUGAGAUGUUAGCAGUGGAACCAAUCAAUGAGCUGUUGAGAGACAAAUGGCGGAAAUUUGGUGCAGUCUCCUUUUACAUCAGUGUUGUCUCCUACCUUAUUGCCAUGAUCAUUUUUACAUUAAUUGCAUACUACAGACCCAUGGAAGGGAAACCACCUUAUCCUUACACAACAACUGUGGAUUACUUGCGACUGGCAGGAGAGGGCAUUACCUUGUUAACUGGAAUUGUUUUCUUCUUCACCAAUAUGAAAGACCUGUUUAUGAAGAAAUGUCCUGGUGUGAAUUCUUUAUUUAUUGAUGGCUCAUUUCAGCUGCUUUAUUUCAUUUACUCGGUAUUGGUCAUUAUAACUGCUGCGCUCUAUCUGGCUGGCAUUGAAGCUUACCUAGCAGUGAUGGUGUUUGCUCUGGUCCUUGGUUGGAUGAAUGCCCUGUACUUCACAAGAGGCUUGAAACUCACGGGAACCUACAGUAUUAUGCUUCAGAAGAUCUUAUUUAAAGACCUGUUCCGCUUUCUUUUGGUGUACCUGCUCUUUAUGAUUGGCUACGCUUCAGCUCUGGUGUCCCUGCUGAAUCCCUGCUCUAACAAGGAGAUCUGCACAGAUAAUGGCACAAACUGCACCAUGCCAGAGUACCCAUCCUGUCGUGACAGCAGCACUUUCAGCAAAUUUUUGUUGGAUCUUUUUAAAUUGACUAUUGGGAUGGGGGAUCUAGAGAUGAUCAACAGUGCCAAGUACCCAGCCGUCUUCAUUAUUCUGCUAGUGACGUAUAUCAUCCUCACCUUUGUCCUGCUCCUUAACAUGUUAAUCGCUUUGAUGGGAGAGACUGUUGGUCAAGUGUCUAAGGAGAGCAAGCAGAUCUGGAAGUUACAGUGGGCAACUACCAUCCUAGAUAUUGAGAGGUCAUUUCCAGUCUUCAUGAGAAAAGCUUUCCGCUCAGGGGAGAUGGUAACGGUCGGUAAGAAUUCUGACGGAACUCCAGAUCGACGCUGGUGUUUUAGGGUUGAUGAGGUGAACUGGUCCCACUGGAACCAAAAUCUUGGUAUUAUUAAUGAGGAUCCUGGAAAGAAUGAUACUUAUCAGUAUUACGGGUUUUCCCAGACAGUUCGACACUUACGAAGAGAUCGAUGGUCGGUGGUGGUACCCCGAGUUGUGGAACUGAACAAGAACCCACACCACCCUGAUGAUGUUGUCGUACCUUUGGAGCACAUGUCACAAAAUGCUGCACAUUAUCCAAGACAAGAAUAUCCCCAAAACUGGAAGAAAGAUGAAACUCACAUCUAGAGAGUUUUUCAGGUUUCUUAGCCAUACAAUCUUUGUCCUGUCGUCACGACUGGGCCAAUUUCAGUGCUGCGUUUUACACACCUAUAUGGACAAAGCAGUACUCCUGAAACACCAUCUGUGCUGCUAAUCAAAUUCUGGAACACUGCAAAUUUGCACAAGUAGACAUUUUUUUUUACAUGGCUGGACCAGCUCAGUGACUAAAAAAACGAAACUUUUUAACAAAAAAAUGUUUAUGUUUAUUUAAUUUUUACAAAGAAAAAGUGUUCAACACAUUUUAAUAAUUCAGGUAAAAAGAGUCACAACAAAGACUGUUUUAAAUUAUAAAAUCUUCAAAAAGAAGAAAACUGAUGCAUUGUUGUUUUUUUUCUAACUACAAAAUGAUUUAUUGUUGUAAAAAUGUAAUAUAAUAACCUAGUUUAUGAAGUAGGUCAUGCUCAUUAUAUAAACAGUUUUUUUUUUUUAGCACCAUUAAAAGAAUGACCUUUUUCCAUGUAUCGUUUUAUGGCAUAGUGUUUAAUAUUGAUAAUUUAUGUACUGUAUGUUUAGUAGUGAUCCCUGUGAAUUUUAAUAUGUUCUGUCUGUUAAUUACAUAAAAUUUAAUGGGAUCACUUUCCAAAAUGUACAGGUCCCACUCUACAUAUCUAUUGUUCUCAUAUUCCCAGAAUCCUUUACAUGUGCAAAUUGUGCCACUGUCUCUUGGUCAAUUAUUUUCUCAUUGCGUAAUAUAGAAAGGUGUGAAGAGACCUAUUUUAAAACACUUCUUGCAGAUAGUUUGCAUGUACAGAGAAACUAAUGAAAUCUACCGUACUAAACUAGUAAUUUUCUUGGAAUUCAUUAGUCUAUGACUUUUUGUUGAUUACAUUUGGUAACUAGGAAUGGGCAAAUGUUUUGGUACAUUUUGUUUAUAGCAACAGUAUUAAUUUGUUUGAGUGUUAUCUGCACAUUUGAUAAUUUUUUUGCAAACUAAUUUUAACUUUUCCUAUAUCGAUUCUAUCAAAAUAUUAAUAUUUGAAUGCUGAUUCUAAUAGACAUCAAAAUAAAUCUAUGGAAAUCAAUAUUCAAAUUAAUAUUUAAAUUUUGUAUUUAAACAUUUAAGUGUUUAAAUGCUACAUUCAGUAUUUGACUAUUAUAAUCAAUUAUGUGGAAACAUUCUAAUGGGCAAAUGAAUCUCAAGGGAGACAUUUACCUUGAGAGAUAAAAGUCAAAAUAUAAAGCUUUCCUCGUUGUAACAUUAAUCUUAAAGUUUUCCUAUGGUUUGUAGAUAGCUUGGGCAUUUUAUUAAAGUGGUAACACCUAAAUAAAGCAACUAAAAUGAACUUUUUCUAAAUAUUGUGUGGAGAAUUAGGGCCCAAAGGGAACAACUUGCACUUAUGAGUAAAUUUGUGGGGGCAUUUAGAGUAGGGACUGAACAAUUUAUUACACAACCUUAUCCAGAAAAGCUGGAAAGGGCAUUUAUAAUUAAAAAAUGUCUUUUGUAUUUUACUUUGCUUGUUUUCCUCUGUACUGUAUGUCUGUUUCUCCCUCCUAAUAAAGUUAUUUAAAUGAAGAAACAA